AUGUGGCCAGAGACAUUCGGGGUGCUGCUAGGAACCCUUUUUGUGUGGUUCUUUUGUUUGGAGCUGACAGUGGAGGCCAAGAACGACUUUGAGCUGCAAGUCGAUAACUUCACCUGCAGCAGCCAGGACACGGACUACCGCAUUCUGAAGGAGUUCCGAUGCGGCCUGAACAAGAACGCCAAGCGUCGGAGCUGGUACAUGGAGUUCAAGCUCCAGGAAGUGACCAGCGAGCACGAGGUCUUCAUGACGAUCGUCCUGCCCCGCCGCAAACCCAUGCCUGAGUUUGUCCUCCUCAACCUCACCACCGACGGCUGCCAGCUGCUCUCAAACCGCAACCAGGUGCCGCUCAUGCGCCUCGGCCGCAACAUCAUGGAGCGCUUUAGCAACUUCCCCAAGCAGUGCCCCUUCGAGGGCGAUGUCCUAUACUAUAUACGCGGCUUCCGCUUGGAUCUCAGCCUCCUGCCUGCCGUCGAGAUGGAAACUCCGGUCCACAUAGAGUUCGGAUACCAGGCCAAGUCACAGGGUGUACUAUGGCUCCAGGGCAACCUGGCAGCGCGUGUGCAACGGAUGAGCGAAAAGAAGCGCUCCAAGAAAUCAUAA